ACGUUCGUUCAGUAGCUCGGGAGUCGCAGAUAAGAACCCUUCUGCUGUCACCCACUGACGAUCCAGCCGCGGCAGCCGCUGGGGUUCAGCUGAUUGUGCCAGAGGUGGGGCACUAGAGCUCUCUCGCCAGAUCCCGGGCUUGAUCAUUCGCUGGCUCCAUGUCGCGGCUUGUGGCUUCCUUGGCUCCUCCUCCGCUGUCUCUCGCUCCUCGCCGUGUCUGUGUGGCAGUGUGUGAUGUUGCCUCUUGCAGCCAGCCGGGGCUUCGCAUUCUCCCAGCGCAGAGCUCGGCUUCCACCGGGGCGGACACUGUCACUGCCAUCGAGCAAACUGCCAGCCCUCUGCUCACUGCCACCCUCUGCCCUGGCUCUGCUGCUGCCCCGGCUGCCCGAUCGCUCUCAAUCGCGCUGACUCGGUUAUGGAUUUAUUCGACUUUUUCCGAGAAUGGGACCUGGAUCAGCAGUGUCAUUAUGAACAAGAUCGGAGUGCACUUAAAAGAAAAGAAUGGGAGAGAAGGACACAAGAAGUCCAACAAGAUGAAGACCUGUUUGCCGCUGGCUUUAACCUGUUUGGAGAACCAUACAAGACAAACAAAGGGGAUGCUCUUGCAAACCGUGUUCAGAACACCUUGGGAAAUUAUGAUGAAAUGAAAGACUUAUUAACAAAUCACAACAAUCAGACCCAUCUUGUAGGAAUUCCAAAGAAUUCAGUGCCACAGACACCAACUCCCGUAGAGAAAAAUGAGCAGAACUUUUUUCCAGAUCAAAGAAACAGGCUGGCCCCAUGCCACCAAAGCAGUGACCAAACAUCAUCCUCCAUGCCACCACCCUCUUCGCUGGCACCAAAUACAACCUUGAUGCACAACCAUGAAGGGUCAAGGAAGUCUCGAGUGGAUUGGGCACAUGGAGGACACACCUCUUCUUGUACACAAUCGAAUCAAUUCAACAGUCAACCAAGCAGAUUAAAACAUAAUUCUUCACAUGAUUUGCUACAAAUACGCUAUGAGGACCUUUACAACUGCCAAAGUGUUAUUGAGGAACUUGUACCUGCUACAUCAUCCACACACUCCAGAAGGCACAACCACUCUAAAGCAUUAAGUGGGGAACAUUCAAAAUCUCCAAUAGACUCUGAAACACUAGGCCAUGGCGCUGUCUCUCCCCUUCCAUCUACAUCAUUAUUAGCUGCAAACAACAGUGUCUCCUCUCAGAACUUUCCUCCAGGAAUACACAGUAAAACAAGCAUGGUGCAGCAAAAGCCUACAGCUUACGUAAGGCCAAUGGAUGGUCAGGAUCAAGUACCCAAUGACUCUCCUGAACUAAAGCCAUCAACCGAAAUAGAUGAUGGAUAUAACAACCCUCUAUUUGGAACACUCUUAGAGGGGAAAGCCAAUGUACCUGUUACUAAGAGCAAACUGCCAAAGCUUACUAUUCCCCAAGGAAAUGAGGUGAGUCUUCCAAAUGAUCCCAACUGUGUAGAAGAAAUCUUACGGGAAAUGACCCAUUCAUGGCCUCCUCCGCUGACUGCAAUUCACACCCCUUGUAAAGCUGAGCAGACCAAGUUUGCAAUUCCUAGUAAGGACUCUCAACAUCUGACCUCAGGAUACAACAUACAAAAGAGAUGCGAUGCCACUAACAAAACCACAGCAAAAUCUGCUCCACAAAAAUCUAUGCUUGAAGAUGACUUAAAGCUCAGCAGCGAUGAAGAAGACAGUGAACAGGCAAAUGAAAAAACAAAACCAAGAAACAUUCCAGUAAGUGGACUUCCUUUGCAAGCAGUGCACGGUGCCAACCUUGUGAAUUCCAGUGGAGGCUCAGGAAGCUCAAGUGAAUCUGAGAGCAGCUCGGAAUCAGAUUCUGAUAGUGAGAGCAGCUCCAGCGACAUUGAAUGUAAUGAACAAGCACGCAGCGCAACCCCUGAGCCUGAGCCACCUUCUACAAACACAUGGCAGCUAGAUAAGUGGCUAAAUAAAGUUAAUCCACACAAUAAAACAAUAAUUAGCAGUCAGAAUGAUGUUCAUUCUGAAAACAAUUCUGAGACUCAAAAUAACCAGCAAGCUGAGGGAAAAGAGAAAACAGAACUUGACAACAUUAUUUCUCAGCCUGAUUCCAAAGAAUUACUGAGCCCUGUAAGGGAAAAAAGCAAGCUACGGGCCACACAAAAAAACUCUGAUUCAAAGCCCUUAAAACAAAAAUCACCAGCUCCCAGUGAACCAGUCACUCAAAGAGUGGCUGCUAAAAAGCAGCCAAAAAAGGUUGAAAGAACUUCCAGUGUAGAAGAAAACACAUGGAACAAACCAAAUCCCACUUGCAGCACUCCCAAAGAAAAAGAGCUACGAGAAACCCCAGAGCAACCAAAAACAAGGACAAAAACCACUGUUGCUAAAACUGCUCCUAGAAAAGAACAAAGGACUAGUAUAGGAAGUUCUUCUGAAAAAAAGAGAACCAAGGGAACCAGCAAAAAUGUCCCCAAAUCUAGAGAAUUUGUUGAGACAGAUUCUGCAUCUGAAUCCAACACUGACCAAGAAGAAGUUCUUCAGGUUAAAAUCUCAACAGCAUGCAGUGGGCCUCCUAAUCCUAACAAAUCAAAGGACUGCAGCAGCAACAUUUUAAGUGUAAGCAGUUUAACCAGCAAUAGCAGUGGCUUAUCUGCAGAUCAAACACAUAAUGACCUGGAGGAGCAAUUUUUCUCACCUCUUCCUGUUGUCCAGGCUGAGCUCCUUUCACCUUUGCGGGAUUUUGAAGAAGUUAAAUCUUUAUGGGUCAAAAUAGAUCUCACAUUGUUAUCAAGGGUACCUGGGCAAGAGUCUUUUGAUGUGUUACCCUUGAAAAAUGAUCCAAAAGAGACAAGUUUUAAAUACAAACAACAAACAAUGAACACAACAGUGGAGAGAAGUUCCACAAAAUCCAGAAAGAAGCACAAGCAAAGUGAAAGCUCUGAUACACAGAGUAAUAGCAAAAGGCAGAGACUGGAGGACACUGCUGCACCAUGUUUCCUUCCUCCAUGUAUGUCUCCAAUACCCAGCACCAGGAUCACCAGCACUAAAGAAACAAAAAGGACAACAAAGAAAAGAGAGGAGAAAGCAUUUCCUCCUCUGCUGUCACCAUUAGGCGACGAGCCAAGCUCUAUGCAUACAGCCAGCACUUCUAUGCGUCACAGAAAGAACAGCAAUAUGGCAGCUAAUGCAAAAAUAAGCCUUGAGGACGAUCACAGCAGGUCAGCAGGUUGUGUUGUUGAGAACAUCGAUCACAAUCACUCAGAAUCAGAUGUAUGGUCCACAGAAACUACAUUAACUAAUGGAAACAUUGAUUAUCGAAGAUCGAAAAUAACAUUUGAUGAUACGUUACAUAAUGCUGACUAUUACAUGCAGGAAGCUAAAAGACUGAAGCACAAAGCUGAUGCACUGAUGGAAAAGUUUGGCAAAGCUGUCAAUUAUGCAGAUGCUGCCCUCUCUUUUAUUGAGUGUGGAAACGCCAUGGAGCGAGAUCCAUUAGAAGCAAAAUCCCCUUACACUAUGUAUUCAGAAACUGUGGAACUCAUCAGGUAUGCUAUGAGACUGAAGAAUUUUACAGGCUCGGCUGCCACUGAAGGAGAAAAGAAGUUAGCGGUUUUAUGCUAUCGAUGCUUGUCAUUACUCUACUUGAGAAUGUUUAAGCUAAAGAAGGACCAUGCUAUGAAGUACUCCCGAUCGCUGAUGGAAUAUUUUAAGAACUCCUCGAAAUCUUCACAAGCACCCUCUCCAUGGGGAGGCAAUGGAAAAAAUACUGAGACACCAUCUCCGAUGUCACUUAGCCCUUCUCCUGUGAAUACUGCUGGAAAUAGUACUGGGACAGGAGCUUCCUCAUCCACUGGCACUGUAUCUAUCCCCCAGAGGAUUCAUCACAUGGCAGCCAGCCAUGUUAAUAUUACUAACAAUGUCUUACGGAGUUAUGAACACUGGGACAUGGCCGACAAACUUACAAAGGAAAACAAAGAGUUCUUUCAAGACCUUGAUACAGUGAUGGAGCCUUUAACACAACACAGCUCUAUGACCUACCUGGUUCGGUAUGUUCGUCAAGGACUUCACUGGUUGCGCAUCGAAUCUCACUUGUUGUAGUGUGCUCUACCCACAUACCUUUGCUUCAUUAUAACUCAGCCAGCGCAUGGACGAUUACUGGUGGAAAUCCACUCAUCUCCUUGAAUUAAAAAUUUUGUAUGUUGGAAGUGGAUAUUAAGUCAACAGAAAUGGCAGCUUACUAGUAGAAUUAGCUACUCCGCUCCUUUCAAUAUGCCUUGCGUCUUGGGGAUCUUUCAUUCCUAUGUGCUUUAUGAAACAAUACUUUUUUUUUUGUAACAGAUGUUGUUUUAGUCUUCACUGCCUUUAACAGAAUGCACUUUGUGAAGAUUUGGAACAAAUCCUCUUCAGUUUGAGAGUGUUUUAUAAAAACACUUUAAUUGGGGUACUUAUCACAUUGCAUUGUAUUAUUAUGAAAAGCUCAAUGCUAUGAAUUUAAAUGGUCUGGAUUAGGUGUAAAACUAGGAAACAAAAUAGAAAAAUAGAGGUAAAUGCCCAGGGCUUGGCACGUCAUUGUCAUGCAGUAAAAGGAAAUGUAGGACAUAUCAUACUACCAUGAUGAAAACAUGUACAGGUCACCUGGUUUAUCAAUAAUCCAACAGUUUCAUCUGCAGUGAGAAUGCUCCUUCUAACCUUUCUUUUCAGCCAAUGAGUACUUGUUUUAAUGUUAAUGUUUGCUGCCGAACAUAUUACACUGGUCCUUUAAUUAUCGGACUAAUGUAAGUAAUGUUGAAAUCAUGACAACUGGCUUCUCAGAAUAUGUGGUAGGACAUUUUCUAAAGAUUCCUUUCAUUGAACUGAGAUGGAAUAAUGAUGAUUCUUCUGACAUACAGUUCAGAUAUUUUAUUUAGAAAUGUCUCUAGUCACAAGCAUAGUUGUUGCUAGUUUCCUGACACUGAGAAGGGUUUAUCAAAUAAAAGCAAAGGGGUCAAAAGGGUUCACAUAUUUUAACUAGGUUUCCUCUAUUUAGACUGAUUAAGGCUUAUGCCACAGAGGGAGAUUGAUAGCAACUACUUGUUACAGGCUAAAUAUAGGGUAUGUUGUUUCCUGUAUGGAAAUAGUAGCCUACUUUAAUCAUAAGAAUCAAUGAAACAAUAGAUGCUACUGACCUCACUUCAUAAGGGACUAAGACUAAGGGGCCUAUUUACUAACAUUUGAAUUUCUGUUUUUUCCACAAAUCAAAUUUUUUCUCUAAAUAUUCAAGAUUUACAAAGUUUAAUAACCACGAAAAUGUUGCCAAAUAAAGGCAGUCAAGAGCCUAUAAAAGUCAAUGGGAGCUGCUCUAAUCGGAUUGUAUAAUUUUGUAAACCAUUCAGACUUUUAGAGGUUCUUGGAUUUUUUUUGCUAGUAAUUGCCUGAAAAACUCAAAUUUAUAGAGGCUGAUGAGGUUUUAGUAUUUUUUUUGUGGGUCAUUAAUUUUGUUUUUGUUUUUUAUUUGGACCUUUUAAUAACUAUCACAGUAUUCGUAGUUUAAGAGAACAUUCGUUUAUUUGUUGUUUCAAAAACCUCUUAAACUACACAAAUUUGAAUAUUUGAUAAAUGGGCCUCCCAGUGACAAUCAUUAAAAAAAACUCAUUAUUGAGUUAAUUUGCACCAUUGGCUUUCCAAUGCUUUAUAGCAUUUUGUCAACUUCCCAGCCCUUCAGUUCUUAUUGAAUAUAACUACCAGGAUCCAACUGUGAGUUGUAAUCUUGAGUGUCUGAGAUUGCCAGGAAAUUGUCUUUUUAUUGAGUAGAUAUAUCUUCCACUUGUAGUAAAAUAUGUUGGCAUAACAUGCUGAGACUUAUCUACUACCUUAACUGUUAAAUUGCACCAGUGCUGUACCCAUGACAAUGAAUUUAUUUCUGUUGUUCAAAACCAAUUGGUGAUUGCACAGGUUAUCAUUUAUGGACCUCACUGUGCACCAUAACAUUCCUUCUCUUAGUAUUUUAUUUGUACAUGUGUAUAGGAGUAGCCAUAUUGCUUCAAGUGGUGAGGAAAAACUGAUACAGAGACUUGAAAAAGAAAACAAAUCACAAAUGCAUUUAAAGGCUAACCAGAAAGAUAUACUGCACAGCAGGAGUUCAAAGGUCCACUAAAAUUCCAGAAGAGUGGCUAAAAUAACCAAAACCAGAAAACUGCAUCAAAAAAUAGCAUCAAAUGAGUACUAUUUUAAUGGUGAAUCUCCAGAUAAUGAUGCUAUAUGGCACUAAUGACUUUAUGCAAAAGCAAAUGCUUAGGAGAGGAAUGUAUUAUGCACACAUUAAGGUAUUCUUCCAUAUAUUGUUUAUUUAAGUGGAAAUUUACAGCUGAUAAGACCUGCUUGUGGUAUGUUUUUCUAUUGGCCAGUCAGUUCUCAGAAGCAAAUUGUUAAUUUAUGAUGGGUUGGGGUAAGAAUUUUAGUUAUCUAGAAGUAACCUUAAAGGAAAGCUGUUGCUCUUUUAAAUUGUGAGAAGCCAGCAGUGGAGGUUUAUUCAUAUUAUAAAAAGUAGGUCCAUAGUUGUCUUAUUAUGGAAAGAUCCAUGGAUUAAGCCAGGAUUUGAUAGGGGAAUUGUUUCUCCCGUCUGGAACACCAGAAUGAGUCUGUGGCCAGUCAAAUUAAAGUAUGGUUUAAACUGCUUCCCUUGUGAUCCUCUCCAAGAAAAGGGAUUGUGACAUGAUGAUCAUCAUCAUCACUCCUACUAAUGUAUUACACUGUCAAGAGCAACCAAACCAUUACAGCUGGCAAUUUAGAGACAACAAGGUAUUUGAAACUGUUUAUCUUUCGGUAUAGCUUUACACCUCAUAUUAGACCUUUUUACUAAAGACAAUAGAUUGAUCUCAAAAUUCACUUGUUAUAAGUACUAAUGCUUCCGUAUAAUAGGACUAAGUAUUAUGUCAUUGGCUACCUCUAAAAACAGCCACCAAAAAUAGUUGAAAAUUUAAAGCAGUAAUUUUAUCUCAAAAUUUCAUUACAGAAACCAAACAUGCUUUUUGCACCCAAUCAGACCAAAUUGUAAUAGGGUAAAUUACAUCUUACCAUUACUGGAUGUGAGCAUAGAAAAUUGCAGAGACUUUAGGGACUUAAGAAAAUUGAUGUUAAGAAAUGCUAUUCGGAUUAUUUUUUAAUCUAUUUCCUAAAUUCAUGGCUUUACUAUCAGAGAGUGCACAUUGCCAUUUGCCUAUUACAUGAACGCUCUGUGUUUGUAAUUAUAUUUUGCUUGUGGGUUAUUGCAUAUCUUGAUUUCUCAGGAGCUGCUACUGCUACUUUUGUAACACAGAAAAAAUAUAAAGACAAUUUUUGUUAGCCUUAACUCUUUUUGUCUGGCAGCCUUCCUGGCCUAAACUGUGCAUAGAGUCAUUAUAGGGAUAGCUGACAUUUUUGCUUUAGUGUCACUGUCUAUACCACACUAUGGAACUGGCUUAUCAAUAUAUUCAUAUAUAGUAUGGUCACCGAUUGGACAGUAUCAUACCUGUUUCUUUUUCAUUUACUACCACUGGUCAAAUUUGCACGUGGGCAGUAACCCACAGCAACCAAUCAGUGAUUAGCUAUGUGCAACUACUGCUGUAAGAAUAAUAAUAGCAAACCUUUUUUAAUUUGACCACUAGGGCAAAUAAACCUAAUGUUAGGGAAUGACCCCCAUAAAUGGUUAUUGACAAAUUGAGUGAACGUUCACUAUGGGGGUUAUUUACUAAACUCUGAAUGCAAAAAUCCGAAAAAUGUUGUGCUUUUUUUUUUUUUAGGGAUUCGG